CUCUCCAGAAAUCAACUCUCUCUUUUAAGAAACCAAUAUAAUAGUUCUUUUUCUCUUCAUAGACAUAAAUAAUUCCCGCAGAAUCAAUCCACUGCGAAGCAUCAUUACGCUUUUGAAGUAGUAAACAAGUUUAGUGUUGCAUUUGUGUUUGUGUUAUGUUGGGAAACAGGAAUACUCUUAUUCUUACAAAUGCAGAAAUUCACUCAAUUUUGAAACGAAGGCCAAAGGUUGAGAUUAAUGUCGGCUUCGAGUUUUGCCUCCAGAUUUGUCAAGGCAAGCCGAAGAAGCCUUGCUUUACUGGACCGAUGCCUCACAAUGUCUCAAAUCAAGCAAAUGCAAUCCCAUCUCAUCGUCUCAGCCACUCUUUUGGACCCUUAUGCCGCCGGCAGAAUCAUUUCCUUCUGUGCCGUCUCCGCCGACGCCGAUCUCUCUCACGCUUACAAACUCUUUCUUUCUCUUCAACAUCGAACCACCUUCAUUUGGAACACUAUCAUAAGAGCUUUUGUCGAGAGAAACGCAAAUGCCACCGCCAUUUCUCUAUACAAAAACAUGCUUCAGAGUGGGUUCUUGCCCAACAACUACACCUUUUCUUUCGUUCUUCGAGCCUGCACUACGUAUUCUUCUACGGCUUUAGCUUCUCAUGCUUUAGUGAUUAAGUUGGGUUGGGAAUCUUAUGAUUUUGUACUAAACGGAUUGAUCCAUUUGUAUGCUAAUUUGAGCUUAAUGGACGCAGCUCGUAAACUAUUUAAUGUGAGUACUAACAGAGAUGUCAUUACGUGGACCUCUUUGCUGAAUGGGUAUGUUCAAUCUGGCCAAGCUGAGUUUGCAAGGGAACUGUUUGAUCAAAUGCCUGAAAGGAAUGCAGUUUCUUGGAGUGCCAUGAUUACUGGGUACGUGCAAAUGGGGAUGUUUAGAGAGGCUAUGGGACUCUUUAAUGAUAUGCAGCUCUCUGGCCUUCGCCCAAAUCAUGCUGGGAUCGUGGGAGCUCUCACUGCUUGCGCAUUUCUUGGCGCUUUGGAUCACGGAAGGUGGAUACAUGCAUAUGUAGAUAGAAAUGGAAUGGAGUUAGACAGAGUUUUAGGCACUGCCCUUGUUGACAUGUAUGCCAAGUGCGGCUGCAUUGAGAUGGCCUGUUCAGUAUUUGAUGAGAUGCCAUAUAAGGAUGUUUUUGCAUUUACCUCUUUGAUUUCAGGCCUAGCAAAUCAUGAUCAAAGUGCGAGAGCGAUUGAGUUGUUUGCAAGGAUGCAAAGUGAAGGAGUUGUUCCUAAUGAAGUUACCUUUAUAUGUGUCCUAAGUGCUUGCAGUCGAAUGGGAUUGGUGGAUGAAGGGUUAAGAAUCUUCAAUUACAUGAGUAAGGUUUAUGGUAUUGAGCCGGGUGUCCAGCACUACGGUUGUUUGGUAGAUUUGUUGGGUAGAGCUGGACUGUUUGAAGAGGCAAAUAAAUUAGUGAGAGAGAUGCCUAUGGAACCUGACUCCUACGUGUUGGGUGCAUUACUCAAUUCUUGUAGAAUGCAUGGUGAUGUUGAGUUGGGGAAAGAGACAGUUGAGAGCUUGGUUGAGCGAGGUCUUGACCAUGGUGGUGUUCAUGUCCUUCUAUCAAACAUGUAUGCCUCUUCUAACCAAUGGGAUUGGGUAGUGAAGGUGAGGAAGGAAAUGGGAGAAAAGAAGGUCAGAAAGGUACCAGGCUGUAGUUUGAUUGAAAUUGAUGGCAGGUUGUGCGAAUUCAUUGUGGGAGAUGGGUCUUAUUUGCUUAUGGAGGAGGUCGUGCUGAUUUUGUUAGGGAUUGAUAAUCACUUGAAAUUCCUCUGGCUUGAUGAUGACAAUACUAAUUGUACUAUGACCAGCUAUUAAGUUGUAUCCAAGGGUCAGUGUGCACGGUACUGCCAUGAGGUUGAGAUGCAUGGGAAAUCAAGCCUAGUAUCACAUGUAAAACCAUCAAGCUUGUAUUUUUGUGGAGAAGAGUGGUGUUUUCAUUACGAUGCUGAAUCAGGAUGGGUAGAUUGCAAGUACAAAUAACUUAUCAAAUUGCAUGGAUGCAGACUUGUACCUUAUCAAUUUGCAUUAUCUAUGUCCUGAGUACUCAUUAAAUGGGAUUUUAUGGAUACAAGUUAAAAGUAUUUCAUGCAAUCAUGCCAUUUGCAACUUCUACCGUUUUGGACUUGAGAAGGCUUACAUCAUAAAGAACGCGUGAUCCCAGUUUAAUGGUGUAUUUGACACUGAGUGGAUUAAAUAACAAGUUUUGAGCUUUGGGGUGAUUUUGGACUUGAAACUGCAGAAGUUUAGGUGAAGUAUUGAUGCCCUUGAAUGGGGUAUCAAUACUUGUUCUUCCAAAGGGCACCAAGGGACAUUUUGGACCAAAAGUAUCAAUACCCAUAGGGAACGUAGUUAUACUUCUAGGCCAGAAAGAUUUGGAGAUAGCUGGAUUGUAGCUUGAGGUGUCCUACCCAUAUCCAUCAUUGGUAGGUUCAUUACCAUGGCAUUCAGUAGUUGUCCUCCACAUCCAGUUUCAAACCGCUAUCCAGUCCUUUACUCACUUUGUAUAUGUAUGUUGUCUAGCAACGAUACUAAUGUAGCCACGAGUUGUCAAAUGUUAUAUGACUUAUGAGGAUAAUGUGAACACAUAAAGUACAACGUAUUUUUGAGAUGGAAUGCAUGGAUGGUAUUGAGCUCA